AUGUUCGCAGUGAGGUGGAGCACAGCUUCGAUGCUUGUGCUGGUGCUGGUGGUGGUGUUGUCGCUGGCAAGCGCAGGGGGACGUGCGACUGGUGAUGCUGGCGAAUCCACGCUGGGGCCUCUUCCGCGAGACAUGCAGAACCACACCUUUGUCUUCAUCGUUGGCGCCCAUCACAGUGGGACAACGCUCCUGGACUUGGUGCUGUGCCAACACCCAAACAUGACAUGCUUAAUGGACACGGGCGUGUCCGAGAACGAAGGACAGCAUCUGCAACACGUCUACACCGCAGACAACAAGCUGGGUGGGGUGUUUCGGUAUGGCUUCUCCCCACAGAGCUACCUCAACGACACAAGCCCGCUGUUGACAUUGUCCAAUCGCCGCAGCAUCUUCGACGCGUGGGCUGCGUUCUGGAACAUGUCCAGGCCCGUGUUGAUCGAGAAGUCACCCUCGCAUAUGGUCAAGAUGAAGUUCUUUCAGGCCAUGUUCACCCCACAGCGCACCGUGUUCCUCUUCAUGCUGCGCCACCCCCUCGGCGCAACCCACUACAGCUACGUGCGCCACCCACCACAUGCCGACUGUGGUGCGCGGCUCGUUGAGCACUGGCUCGUCAUCCACGACCAGGCCGUGCGGGACCUGCCCGCCAUCCAACGCGCCGCCGUCGUCCAGUUUGAGGCGUUCCUCGGCAGCUCCGAUGCGGAGGCAAGAGGACAUGUGGCGGCGCUGGAGCGCACGCUGGGGCUGCAACACGGCAUUAAGGUGCAGUUUGACGUGCGCUAUUCAACCAACACCAACACCAACACCAACGGCGGUGGCGGUAGUGGCAGGUGGCGGCAGAGUUUGUCGCGGUUUGGGCGGCGGUUGACGGAGUACCACGGCAACAAGCACCACGUGCGGGUGAUGGUGGGGACGGCUAUGGCGUGGGUGCGGGACUGGCAGCGGCUGAUGGACAUGAAAUCGCCCGCGUGCCAACGGUUACUUGAGACGUACGAGGAGCGGGUCAACGCAUAUGGGUACAGCUUGGCUGAUCCAACCAGGGUCGCAACACCGCACGCCAUGCGCAAGUAUCUUCUGUCCCUGGAAGCGGCCCAUCUUACAUGA